UUUUGUAUGUUUAGCAUCUAUUUUUUAAACGUGACUAGUCUGUUAUGUCACAGAAAGAAAUGUGUAGAUACAUAAUCAUAUUUGAAACAAAUACAUAUUAAUAUUAGUUAAGGCUGAUAGGUCAACCUGUUUCAAAAGGUUAUAUGUUGCUUGUAUGUUGGAACUGUACAGAUAUGUUUAAAAUAUUUAACACACAACAUCAAUAGAAGGAUGUGAUGUCUUCCAGAGGUUUCUUGUUUCCUUCCUAUUAAACAACCAGGCCUCAUUAAGAUAACCUGAAGUUUAUCAGUUAUAGAGCUUGAAUGCUGCUCUUGUGAUUCUAAAACAUACCAGACAUGCCCACGAAAAUCUGCUCAGCAUAUUCAGAGAACUGUGGACAGCCUCUGUGGGGAUGCACAUUGUCAGAUGUAAACUAAAGACAAUACAAGGAAAUAGGAAGCCCCCUGUGUGCAUAAGCCAGGCUUCCAGAAGUUUCCCAGAAAACUAACACGAAAGUGUCAAGCCACAGAGCUUGUCUAUGUUCACUUCUCAGGCCUGGAACAGUACAUUUGGCCACCUGGGAGCUGGAAAAGGUAGAUCUGAAGUAAUGGCUGAAGCAAUACCACUGCGAGAAAAGAAGAAAACUCUACCUCGGUCUGAUGGGUGUGGUCUGAAUAACUUUGACGCUCUGGAUUUGACUGGAGGGUUGAGGAUAGUCCUGGUGGGCAAGACUGGAUCAGGAAAGAGUGCUACAGGAAACACCAUCCUUGGGAGACCUGCCUUCAAAGAGGACCCGAGCCCUAUGUCGGUGACCAAACACUGCGAAACACAGAGCGGAGAAGUGGAUGGGACUUUGGUCCAGGUGAUUGACACUCCAGGUCUGUUUGAUACAGGCAUCUUAGAGGAAGAAUUAAAAUCCAGAAUAGAGGAGUGUGUUAAGAUGUCAGUGCCAGGCCCUCACGCUUUCCUACUGGUGAUCAGGCUCGGAGUAAGGUUCACCGAGGAGGAAAGAAACGCUGUGAAGUGGAUCCAGGACAACUUUGGAGAUGAUGCCUCCAUGUACACUAUCAUGCUGUUUACAUGUAAAGAUCAGGCCAAAGCUGACAAUGCUCUGAAGGAGUGCAAGGAGCUGCGGAGACUCUCGAUUACAUUUGGACGCAGAUACCAUGCUUUCAACAACAAUGACCCAGAUGACGAAGUACAGGUCAAAGAGCUGAUCACCAUGAUAAAGGAAAUGGUACAGGAUAACGGGGGGAAGCACUACACCAACGAGAUGUAUGAGAAAGCCCAGAAGAAGCUGAGAGAGGAGGAGGAGCAGAGGAAACAAGAGGAGGAAGAGAAGAAAGAGGAGGAGAAGAAAAUGUGGGAUGCUGAGAGGGAGAAGAAAGAGAAAGAGAGAAAAAAGGAGAAAAAGGUUACUAGAAAGAAUAUAUGCGUGGCUUCGGCUGCUGCCGUUGUGUUGGUGUUUGCUGGGAUGGUUAUAGCAGUGGGAGCACAACUAACAGUGGCUUUGGCUCUAGGAGCUCCUGUGCUCAUCCUGGGGGUGUUAUGUGGUAUAGCUGCCCUUUGUAUAUGGAAGGGCAUGAGAUGCAAAGCCAAAACAAGUGUUCCAGUAUAAGUAGUGAGAAGGACAUGCUGAUCCAUCUGCAGUAUUAGUACUGCACACAUUACUAUUUACUGUUUAGAACUAAUCAAUGAUGUUGUUUGGGCCUUUUCGGCAUUCUGCUUCCAAAUGAGUUUUGACACAACUUUCUGCAAAAACAAAAGUAUGUGAAUUUUAUUGUAAACAAGCGGUGUGAAAUGCAAUACUUGUUUUCUCUCUAUUUGUUUUCUGUUCACUCAUUUAUUGUAUGGAGCUUAAAUAUGAAACCCACAUCAGGAGUUAUACUUGAACAGAUGUUUUCUGGUUUAUGAGAAACAGUUUCAAUUGUAAUAAAUAAUGUUCAAACUUACUGACAUAUUGUGCUGAUAGAUCUCAUCUUGUGUAAAUAAAUGUUUGCACAACCUAUACUUUUAAACCUUAUGUGAUAAUGGCUCAAAUAAAAUAUCCAUGCAGAUUAA